AAUCGAAACAUUACUUUUAUUGUGAAACUCGGCAUAACGUGUGAUGGUUUUGCGGGAUUCUUUUGGACUGAUUGUUGUCCAGGUUACAGGUGCGACAGAUAGUCAAAGGCAGAUUCACCAGGGUGUCAUAAUGUCAAGAUGUCUUCAUUAGUGGCCUACGAGGAUUCCGAACCAGAGGAUGAUUACCUUGCUCAGACGGAGGAGGGAGCGUCAGCUUCUGUUCAAACUGACCGAGAUGUCAGGAUGUGUAAAUCCUCUGAGGUAACACGGAGCCGCCCUCACAGCUUCACACCUGACCCUGACAGGUCAGUGUUGGAAUAUCAUGGAGACGUCUCAGAAAGAAGCAGUUCUUCACUACACCCACAUUCACAGCCUCAGAGCCGUUUUGAAAGAAAAUAUCACAGUGAUGGGACAGCACAAGAAAAACAUUUUAGAGAUACAGCUCCUCUGAGUUUAUCUGCAACUCAGGGGAAGAGCUCACCUCUGCUGACUCUUCCUCACUUGCCACAAGGUUUUGGCGCUGGGUUGAACCCAGCAAAAAGACAUCACACUGUUCCAUCUGGUGUCAGACCCUACAUCCCCAAGAGACAAAGACUUGCCACCUCAGUAGAGCCAGUGGACCCAAAGAACCCAGCAGAGCAAGUCCCAGGGAAUCAGACCAGGGAAAGUCAAAUUCUUUCAGAUGUGUCCGCGAGAGUAAUGCCGUAUCUUGCCCAGAAGCCUGGCGCUGCAGGGGUACCGAGGAGGCUUCUGAUGAGCCUGGAAGGCCACCAGGGUCCAGUCAACACAGUGCAAUGGUGUCCUGUGCCUCAACUCAGUCAUCUGCUGCUGUCUGCCUCCAUGGACAAGACGUUCAAGGUGUGGGAUGGAGCAGAGAGCGGGCGAUGCCUGAGGGUUUACACCUGCCAUUCGGGAGCUGUGCGUGAUGCCUGUUGGACCCCCUGCGGGCGACGACUUCUCACUGGCUCCUUUGACAACAAGGCUGUGAUCACAGACGUAGAGACAGGGCAGCAGGUAGUGAAAUUGGACAACCAGUUCAAAGUGAUGUGUGCGGUCCCGCAUCCCAGCAACCCAGAGGUGUUCCUGUGCGGUGGUUACAGUUCAAUGGUCAAGGCCUGGGACUCACGCAGCUGCAAGGUGGUGAAAGUGUACAAAGCAGGGAUCCAACAGACCCUGGACAUCCUGUUUCUGAGAGGUGGUGUAGACAUUAUAACAAGCUCUGACUGCGUGAGCAGAGACUCUGCCGACCGCACCCUCAUCGCAUGGGACUACCAGACCACAGCCAAGGUUUCCAACCAGAUCUACCAGGAGCGAUUCACUUGUCCCAGCCUGGCUCUCCACCCACUUGAGGAGUCCUUCGUUGCCCAGACUAAUGGGGACUACAUGGCGGUGUUCUCCUCCCAGCAGCCCUAUAGAAUGAACAAGAGGCGGCGAUACGAAGGACACAAGGUGGAGGGAUACGCGGUGCAGUGUGAGUUUUCUCUGGAUGGAACAAUCCUGGCCUCAGGGAGCUCCACCGGCUCCGCUCACUUCUACGAUUACCACAACGCUCGUAUGCUGCACACUCUCAAAGCCCACAGCCAGCCCUGCCUGUGUGUUUCCCAGCAUCCCGUCCUGCCUGCUACUGUGGCCACCUGCGACUGGGCCGGUGAGAUCAAGGUCUGGCACUAAGGACUGUGAAUGAACAAGUAAAUAUGGACUAAAAAAAGCCAAGCUACGAUUAUAAUAAACUGAAAACUCAUGUGCACAUCCAUCUUCA